AUGAAUACGGCUGACUUUGACUCCCCACUGCCGGCGACUUGCGAAGAUUCCGGAGAAGCGCUUUUCUCCGCGCCAGUCGACUCGCCUGUCGAGUGGAAAGAUAUCGCUGUGGAGGAUUUUGAGGCAUAUCGGCAAUGCGUCACGCCCUUGAACCAGGUCGGCUAUCAGACAGAUUCUGAACGAGAUGCGCUGGUUGAUAUACACCCCAAGGGAUUUUUCAUCCGACAACCCCCCUUGCCUCACGAACUCGAUACCCACAUGACACCGGACGCCCAAUUAUUCCAGACGAUUCACAUGGGUGCCGCGGUGGUCGACCCCAACCGAUGGCGCCUCAUUGUCGACGGAAUGGUCCUCCAUCCGUUUAUGCUCAAUCUCGGCCAACUACGGAGCAUGCCACGAACAUCCGUCACGACAUUCCAUGAAUGCUAUGGCAGCCCUCUUCUUCCCCCGACGCGGGCUGUACGGAGGGUUGGUAACAUGGCACAGCCCAAAGGGUCUGCGUCAUAUGUCUGGUCCGAAGGCCUAGAUGGUGGGAUCUUUGCCGAUGUCUGGGCAGAUCGGUACCAGAAAGACCUUCCCUUGGAGAAAGCAAUGGCUCCUGAGGUGCUACUCGCGUUUGAAAUCAAUGGUGCUCCUUUAGACAAGGAGCGUGGGGGUCCCGUCCGCCUCGUAGUUCCGGGUUGGUACGGCACUAACUCCACCAAGUGGAUCAGUCAUAUCUCUCUCCAAGACAAACGCGCAACUGGGCCGUACACCACCCUGUUCUACAACGAGAUUGAUCCGGCCGAUCCUGACGGUCAGCAGAGACGGCCGGUGUGGAAGGUGGAACCAAAUUCGAUCAUUGUCCGUCCUCGUCCCGGCGCGGUUUUCGCCAGUGGACACACUAUAACCGUCAUUGGUCGUGCCUGGGCGUGCGAGGAGAUAGUACAAGUGGAAAUCAGCACGGAUGGAGGGAAUUCUUGGUGCAACGCCCAGCUUAAUCCGCGGAGGGAAUUCGAGUGGCAGCUGUUCCAGCAAAGAGUGGUCUUCAGCCGUGGCGGAUUUUACACAAUCACUGCGCGGGCAACAGAUAAACGUGGACAGCAACAACCCUUACGUAAUCGACGCAACCAUGUCCCUACGAAGGCCAGCUUGACAAACGGCAUCCUCGUUUAUGACGCCGUACGUGAGAGGCUAUCCCCAAGCCCUUAA